AUGAUGAAUAUUGUUUUGAUGACGAAAUGUGACAAAAAGAAAUUGAAUCAAACUUGUGGCAAGGGGUUCAAAUUGAUUUACACGAAGGAAAGUACCGUCUGUAUAUUGCGUGACAACAAAGCGUUAUGUAAAUGGAAGUGGCGCGAAAACUUUACACUACCUGUGACGCUGAGCAAGGACAUGAUGGGACGAACGUCCGCCUGGGCUGGCUGGCCCGUCGACCCGAGGCGGUCGGCGGGGCAGCGCCUCACCGGCCGCCGCGGGGCGCCAUAA